GCUGCUGGGGUUAGUGAGUGAGCACAAGCGCGGCCGAGUGUGUGCUGUUAGCGUUCAGCUCCAAAACAAUGUCUCAACCGCCACCAAAACCGUGGGAAAGACGAAUUCCUGGUGCUGUAGGAGCUCCACUAAACUAUCGCUCCACAGAUUUUGCAACAGGAAGCGGUCUAAUGUCAUCGGUUCCCUCUACCCUGACGCGUGUAGCACCUCCCAUCCCCCCGCGGCCGAUCCAGCAAAACUACCGUCCAGCCUACAGCUCUUUCCCUUCCUCCUACAGCCCCUUCAGCAGCUCUCCUUAUGGAGGCUACAGCCCUUACAGCUACGGCAGUUUGGGCUACGGCGGUUUGGGCUACAGCCGCUUCCCCCCAGAGGACGCGCCUCCGAGUCGCUUCGUGCAGCAGGCGGAGGAGAGCAGCCGAGGCGCGUUCCAGUCUGUCGAGAGCAUCGUGCACGCUUUCUCCUCCGUCAGCAUGAUGCUGGACGCCACCUUCUCGGCCGUCUACAACAGUUUCCGCGCAGUGCUAGACGUAGCCAAUCACUUCUCCCGUCUGCGCAUCCACUUUACCAAAGUACUGUCUGCCUUCGCGCUGGUCCGGACGCUGCGUUACCUGUACCGGCGCCUGCAGAGGAUCCUGGGUAUGAGGACAGACGCUGAGGUGGAAGAGCUUUGGGAUGACAGUGCAGCAAACGCCAUGGUGCCAGGUGGCAGGGGAGCUGGCGUUGGCAAUUCCAGGGAUGGCACGGUCAAGUCUUGGCCCAUAUUUCUGUUUCUCGCAGUGGUUUUCGGCGGACCGUACCUGAUCUGGAAACUUCUGAGAACUGAGGAGGGCACAGAGGAGCGUGGCACUAACUGGGCAAGCGGUGAAGAUGAUCACGUGGUAGCCCGAGCUGAGUACGACUUCACGGCAGCUUCUGAAGAAGAGAUCUCCAUGCAGGCUGGAGAUAUGCUUAACCUGGCUCCAAAGGAGCAACAGCCCAGGGUGCGUGGAUGGCUGCUGGCCAGCGUGGACGGUCAGAACGCAGGUCUCGUUCCAGCCAACUAUGUCAAGAUCCUGGGCAAGAGGAGGGGCAGGAGGCAAGCCGAGCUGGAAAGGUUGGCACAGCUCCAGCAGGGUCAGCAGGCUACAUCGACAGCACCAAAUCAGGUGACAGUGACCAUGCCAGCCUCAGCAUCAGCUGGUCAGCCGAGCCCCGAGGAGCUGCUGGAGAGCAUGUACAGAGAAACUCCCGUGUCUUACACAAGCCCAGCCGUCACGGUGAACAACGGCAGCACAAACACUGCUGUAGGAAAUACUGAGAAACUUGAUUUGUGAGUGUGUGGGGAGAGAGACUUCAAGGGGUAAUGGUGGUUAUUUAACUGAAAGAUGAUCUGGCUUGAUAUUUGUCCAAAGUAGACUUUUCAUCCAUAUGCUUUUUAUGCAUAAUUGAAAUUUGAAAAUACGGAAUUUUGACAGAAAUAGUUGAUACAACAACUUUGGUUAUAAUGGUUAAAGAGAGAACUGGAUCUGUUUUGUUUUAGUGUGAAUUUCAGAAAUGUGCAUAAAUUUUGUUAAACAUUUAGCUGAAAGCAAAAUAAACUUGAUUAAAUGGAGGACACUUUGGGCGGAGGAGGUGGUGGUUCUUCUCUGCUGAGAACUUGGAACAGUUUUAAAGGUAUAAUCAGAAUGUUUUCAUAUUGAUCAGUUAAACAUACUUGGUUCAUGGUUUCUACAGAUAAAGAAAAUUUACUAGGGAAUUUAAACCGCUCACUACUGAAUUGAAGUCAUAGGGAGGAUUUAAAGCAGCUGUCUGUAAUAAAUAGAGCCCUCUACUGGCUGUAAAGUGGAAUAAAGUGAGAUGGUUUAAAAUGUUAUGGAAAAGCUGCAAAACUAGCUUUAAACCUUUGUAUGUUGGAAAAGCAGGUAUCAUCACAAUACUCUCUUGUUUGUUUUGUUAAGUGUGGACAAAGUGUGCUGUGUCAGUCCUAUUAUAAAUGUUUUUCUUCAAAAGGAUAAAUAGCUGAGAAUUAUUACGGUCAGAGACAUUUUUAUGUCUAAGCAGUUUUGAUAAAGAGAUAAUAUUGUAUAGUAUAUGUUUCUGGAAUACUACAUAAUUUAUUACACUUUCUAGACUUCCUGCUAGGAUAAAAUCAAUGGAUUUACUGUUUAUUUCUAGAUUUUAAUUAACAAAUUUAUUUGCUAGAUUUAUCAGAUUAUUGAAAAUGUGCUUGAGAUAUUUUGUUAAGGUGAAUGUUUCAGUCGCUUGCAAGAACAUUACACAGCAUCACGUUUUGCAAAAAAGAUACAGCAAUGUGAAUGUUUUAACAAUCUGUAAGGGUUUGUUGUUUCUUCUUUUCCUGUGUGUUUUGUGUGUGUACUGUCAUUAAAUGAUCAUUAACACACAUACAGUUGUGUAAAUAAAAAUAUUUUCAGUAAAAAUAUUUUCAGACAAUUA